GUAUCCACCUAGUUUCAUUCCCACGCCGCUUUUUGUGUACAUUUCGGUUGUGAAGUCGUCUCCAGAAAGUCCGGAGGGAUUUUCCGCGAAAAUGCCCAGCGAAAUUGAAUGCAGUUUGUUGGUUGUCAUUAUUGAUACCGACCCAGUAUGGUGGGGUCAGUGUUUUCUUGAAGAAAACUCACAGUUUAAUAUAUUCCGGUAUUUAGACAGCAUGUUGGUUUUUGCCAACUCCCAUCUCAUGAUGAAACCAGCCAACAAAUUGGCCAUCAUCGCAGCACACAGCAACCAAAGCUACUUCCUGUACCCAAAGGGCAAAGAAGAGGAACCAAAAGUGGUAACGAAUGAGGUAACCGAAGAGAACGGCACCACCACAGCUGCUAAUGUUCCUCCUCGACCACUAAAUGAUGGCCGUUAUGAACUUUUUGCCCAGGUUGAUGAUCAAAUAACCGAACAGUUAAAAAAUCUUAUGGUUGACCAAGAGGUUGGCCAACUUUAUUCUGACAGUGUAGUUGCUGGUUCCAUUGGCAUGGCACUUUGCUUCAUCAACCGAAUGGAGAAGGAGCUUCAUCUUGGUGAUAAACUUUCCAGUCGGAUCCUGAUAAUGAAAGGAUCUCAAGAUAACCCAGCCCAAUAUAUGAACUUCAUGAAUACUGUUUUCUCUGCUCAGAAACAGAAUGUCAUCAUUGACAGUUGUAUCUUAGGGGACGAUUCCAGUCUGCUACAACAGGCGUGUGAUAUUACUGGUGGCACCUACCUCAAGCUACCCACAGUCUCCGGCAUCUUACAGUAUCUACUGUGCGUCUUUCUUCCUGAUCCUCAUGUUAGACAUAAACUGUCUCUGCCAGCAAGGGUUCAAGUUGAUUACAGGGCUGCUUGUUUUUGCCACCGGAACCUCAUCGAUAUUGGUUACGUCUGCUCCGUUUGUCUGUCAAUUUUCUGUUCCUUCAGUCCGAUUUGUUCCACUUGUCAAACAACAUUCAAAUUCCUUGGACCUCCGAAAAUAUUGAAGAAAAAAAUUCGGAAAAACAACACGUGAAAUACCAUUGUACAUCGAACCUGAAGUUCUUGAGACUUGUUUGGACAUCAACAAGUGAGGGCUUGUUGGUGGGGUGGGGGAGUUUCUGUCUAACAGUGUGACAAUCUAUACACCUAAGGUGGUGAGCUGGCAGAAACGUUAGCGCACGGGCAAAAUGCUUAGCGGCAUUUCGUCUGUCGUUAUGUUCUGAGUUCAAAUUCCGCCGAGGUCGACUUUGCCUUUCAUCCUCCCGGGGUCGAUAAAUAAAGUACCAGUUUCGCACUGGGGUCGAUGUAAUCGACUUAAUCCCUUUGUCUGUCCUUGUUUGUCCCCUCUAUGUUUAGCCCCUUGUGGGUAGUAAAGAAAUAUAUAUGAUGUUCAAUGAAGACCACUUUUAACGGGAGAUCAACCUGAUGUUGCUCUCCUACUCAUUGUCACCUCCCCUCACUCUACCACAGUCUCUUGGCCUUUCUUACCAUCAUCGUCAUCCUCAUUAUCAUUGUUUUAAUGUCCACUUUUCCAUGUUUGCAUGGGUCAGACAAAUUUCAUUGAGGCGGACUUUCUUUGGCUGGAUGCCCUUUCUAUCACUAACCUUUACCAGUUUCCUAACAAGAUACUAUUUUCCUAUGACCAGACAUGUUUUUCCUUAACCCUUUCAUUACUGUAUUUAUUUUGAGAUGCUCUGUAUUUCUUUCAAUUACUUUAGAUAUAACAAAGAAUUUAGUAAACUA